AAAGCAUAUUAUUUUCUUGGGAAAACAUACUUUUCAUAUCUCUUGCCCCAAAGAUUGGGCUGUAAGCCAUUUUCUAGCAAAUGACUAUAUGAAGGUUUCUAAAUACCUGCCUUGGGUAAAAUUGAGAAAUCUUUCUACCUAUUGCACCGCGCUACAAAUAAGAUGAUAGACACAGGAAGGUUUGGUAAUCUUGAUUUUGUAGAAUCUGCAGUGACUGUGUCAAAAAGUGCAAAAAAAAAAAAAAAAAAAAAAAGAAAAGAAAAAAAAGCAGAAAAAAGUUGUAAAGUGAUUUUCUAAGUAUUUCCUAACUUUAUUUUUCAAAAUGUGUAUGAAAAUUAAAUUUAAAAAGAUUUUUACAUGUCAGAGAAUAGAGAGUUAAAAUUUAAAGAAAAUGCUUCUUGGGAGAGAGAGAUUUGUCUAUGUUUCUAGUGCCUUUCUUGUCUUGAUUGUAUGGUCAGUAGGCAGUCUUAAAUGUUUUUAUUUAAAAUAAAGUAUUCCAUGAAAGCAGAAUUAUAUAUACUGUAUAAUUACUAAUUUUUGCAUUUAUAGCUAAAUUAAACUGGAAAUUUGCUUAUAACGUUGAAAUUGCCAUGUGUAGGGGGGGAAAAAAAACCAAAUAAAAAGGGUCCGAUCUUGCUCACACAUUGUGGGCAGGUCAAACUAAAAGGUAUCACUUUAUUGUCUACUUGGUAGCUGUAUUUUAAAAAGAAAAACAGCCAUGAAUUCCUGUUUUUUAAGAAUUUUACAAAUGAUCACUGAGUGAACUACGAAUGGUUUCUCCAUCCCGUUUUGAAAUGUUGUUGAAAAACAACAAAGAUAAUCUAUUUCUUUAAAAUAUUUGUGCAGAAACUGCAUGUAAUUAUAAGUUUCACUCCUACCAUACAUACUGUAUGUUUGGGGAAGUAUUCUAUCCUAAACUUGCCAAUGUGCAGAACAAAAUAGUUUUUUUUAAAGAAUGAAGAAGAGAAAAUAUAUAUAUAAAUAUAUAUAUAUCCAUUCUGUAUUUUACGUGAAGCAGAGUUAUCUUCUGUAGGGUUUUUGUGUAUUCACAAGGUGAUAUUUGUAUUGUAAAACAACAAUGGUGAAGGAAAAUAAAAAGGCUUUUGAAAAAUGUAGUUUCCUUUAUCUUUUUGAUAUUAAGUUUAAAUUUAAAGCUGGGUUUAUUCUUCCAAACCUUGCCUUUAAUUUUAUCUGUUAUUGCACUGUAGGCCAUCAAAUUUGGACUGUAUGGAAACUGCAUUGAUUUCGAAUUGCUGUUCGCGUUGGGCAAAACCGUGCCUUAUCUGAAAUAAAUGCUAUGCAAUAGAUUCUGAUCGUGCGGGAGCCGGGAGCGGAUGGGAGAAGCCUUCCUGGGAGCCAUCACCAGGGCUUGAAAAAUCUACCCCAAAACUGCUGGGACGGAGCGCGUUGCAGGGUAAACAUCCACGGCCCCAAGAUUUAUCAGGCCUGUCACUUAAACAAAAAACAAAAAAAAAAAAAAAAAGAAAAGUGACGUUUCUGUAGGACAUAGAGAACACAGUCCCAUUCCUGAUGGGGACAAAUUACCUCCUGUUGCGAUUGCAUCCUGCAUCCCUGGCCAGCCCCUGGAAACCUCACCCAUCUCCACGGGUUAGCCGAAAAUCCUUGUUGUGAGGAGCACUGUGGCUUUGGAUGAACAUCUGCUGUGCACCAAAUUUAGGUGGUGAAACUGCUCUGAGCCUCCGUUUGGAAGGAGCUGAGACAAGAGCAACUAUUAAAGCUGGAACAAACCACAUGAAGGACCAUGAAAAUGAGAGGGGAGGAAGAGAAAACCAGCCAGACUUCAGGCUAUUUCCCUUGAGUGGAGGGGGAGAAGGAAAAGAGAGAGAAAACGGAGAAGAGAGAAGAGACAAAAGGAAAAGGGAAAAGGAAAAGAGCACCUGGGAGGCCAAGGGAUCAUAUACAGAGGUGGUUUGAAUCCUCUUUCUUCAUGAUUUGGAAGCACAACCUUCACUGCAUAAGGAAAUGUACCUUUACAGAUCUAUGUUUACUGAGUUUCCUUCUCUCAGCUUUGCCUUACUGGUUCAGUGGAUCCAUUAAUUAAUCCUGUGUUCAAGAUGUUCUUCUAGGAGAGCUUGGAAACCCUGGGGACUGAUCUUCCAUGAGGAUUAGGAGUCACAGCCAGAUGGGAAGCAGCAGCCAUCCCGCAGGCUGGUCAAGCUGUGAUGAAGCGAAGAGGAGGGGAAAAAAAAAAAAUAAUCCCGUUCACAAAGUCCUUGCGCGCCGGAGCUGAUCAGUGCAAUCCCAGAAAAGUUAUUUCAGAGAGUGCUUGACUCACAGGGCUGUAACAGCAAUAAUUUUCGAGCUGAACUUUUCAGCCUGAACCAGGUCACAAGGUGGGAGAUGUUCCUCUAGACGCCUAGGACACACGAGGGAUCUCAGUGCCCCCACCAUGGGUGGGAAGAGGUCCAAGUGCUCCUUCUCCCGCCUGGAGGUGAUCCUCAUCGUCUGCCUGGUGUUGAUGGUAUCGGUGACCGUGGUGCUCCUCGUCCUCCACUUUGUCUACAAAGAGAACAACGAUCCCAGUGAAGCAACAGCAAACUACUUACUGGGUGUAGGCCGAGCGGACUGCACGGGACCUGUGGCAGAAAUUCCUCUGAUGGGAUAUGCCAACCCGGGCCAGGUGGGCGGCGGGCUUCUCAUGCGCCUCUACAGCCGAGCCUUCAUCGUGGCAGACCUUGAUGACUCCAAGCGAGUAGUGUUUGUCAGCGCCGACAUAGGAAUGGUGUCCCAGAGACUGAGGUUGGAGGUGCUCGAGAAACUGAAGAGCAAGUAUGGCGACUUGUACCGACAGGACAACGUCAUCCUCAGUGGCACCCACACGCACUCGGGGCCUGGAGGCUACUUCCAGUACACCCUCUUCUGGAUCACUAGCAAAGGGCUAAUCAGACCAUCCCUCAAUGCUAUCGUGAAUGGCAUCGUAAAGAGCAUUGAUAUAGCGCAUCAGAACAUGAAGAAAGGAAAGCUUUUUAUAAACAGAGGCACUGUAGAAAACAGCCAGAUGAACCGAAGCCCCUUCUCCUAUCUUGAGAAUCCAGCAUCUGAACGAAGCAGGUAUUCAUCCAACACAGAUAAAGAAAUGGUGAUGCUGAAGAUGGUAGAUGAGAAUGGACAGGACCUAGGCCUUAUCAGCUGGUUUGCUGUGCACCCUGUCAGCAUGAACAACACAAACCAUCUUGUGAACAGCGACAAUGUGGGCUACGCUUCUUACUUGUUCGAGCAGGAUAAGAACAAGGGGAUGCUUCCCGGAGAGGGCUCCUUCGUUGCCGCCUUCGCAUCCUCCAACUUGGGAGAUGUGUCGCCCAACACCAAAGGCCCCUUCUGCGUCAACACGGGGGAGUCAUGCAAUAACCCACAGAGCACUUGUCCCGUGGGGGGGGCAACGAUGUGCAUGGCCAUGGGUCCCGGGAACGACAUGUUUGACAGUACAAGAAUUAUAGGGCAAAAUAUCUACUUGAAAGCAAAGGAGCUGUACAAAAAAGCUUCCCAGGAGGUCACAGGACCCCUCAUCUCAGCUCACCAGUGGGUGAACAUGAGUGAUGUCUCGGUGGAGCUCAACGCCACGCACACGGUUAAAACAUGUAAACCAGCCUUAGGACACAGCUUUGCCGCGGGGACUAUUGACGGAGUGGGGGCUUUCAACUUCACACAAGGCUCAGUAGAAGGGGACCCGUUUUGGGAUGAAAUCCGGGACCAGCUGCUGGGAGAGCCAUCCAACGAAACGAAAGCCUGCCACAAACCCAAGCCAAUCCUCUUUAGCACCGGAGAGAUGACUCGGCCUCACCCAUGGCACCCUGACGUUGUGGACGUUCAGAUUGCUGCCAUUGGAUCUCUGGCAAUCAUUGCUGUUCCCGGAGAGUUCACGACCAUGUCCGGACGCAGGCUACGGGAAGCUGUUAAAAAAGAAUUUGAUUCUCAUGGUACACCAAGAAUGGAUGUCGUAAUUGCAGGUCUGUGCAAUGUCUACACUCAUUACAUUACCACCUAUGAAGAAUACCAGGUUCAACGAUACGAGGCUGCAUCAACUAUUUAUGGGCCGCACACCCUUUCUGCUUAUAUUCAACUGUACAGAGGACUUGCAAGGGCUAUUGCUAAGAACACAGUUCAGGAUCUGCCACGUGGUCCAGAGCCCCCAGUUUUCGCUAUAGGUAACAUCACCUUGGUGCCUCCUCUCAUUGCUGACCGCGCGCCGGUGAAUAAGACAUUUGGGGAUGUGCUGCAAGAAGUGAGACAACAGUAUCAAGUGGGAGAUGUUGCUGAAGUAACUUUUGUAGGCGCAAACCCCAGGAACUCUGCAGAGAAUGCGACUGAACACAACUUCCUGAUGGUGGAGAGAUACGCCAGCACUUCAGACAGCUGGGACGUGGUGCAGAAUGAUGCCUCCUGGGACACCAGGUUUUACUGGACCAAAGGAUUACUUGGUCGGAGCAACGUGACCGUUGAAUGGCACAUCCCUCACGGCACAGAGCCGGGCGUCUACAGGAUACGGUACUUGGGGCACUACAAGAAAAAACUGUCCAACACUCACACCUUCUCUGUUCCAUUUGAAGGCACAUCUUCAGCCUUUGAAAUCACAACUCAGUAGGUGAUCUCCUUCAUUAAAGGAACUGUUUCCUUUGAGCGGUAGAUUUGUCACCUGCGAUGUCCACAAUGCAAGCCUGGGAGGUUUUUUUGUGGCGUAAGUGACUCUGUACGUCGUUGCUGUCCCUCGAGCGUGGCUGUUCAUCCUUUGCUGUGUGAGCUUGAUUUCCUGCAAAGUUCCGACCUUUACCUGCAAUUCGUUCUCACUAGUCCAAUGUAUUCUCAUUCCGGCGGCUCCUGUCCUGGCCAG